GCCCCGCCGGGGGUUGGGGGGGCCGGCCCCCUGUUUAAAAAGUUUGAGGACCCCUGAGCUAGAGGAAUCCCACCUAUCCUGGCACUGUCUAGCUCACGGGUCCUCAAACUUUUUGAACAGGGGCCGGCGCGUGGAUGAAGUGGCAGGAGGCCAUCUGCGGCUGCUCGGUUUCCCCCCCCAACCCCCGGCGGGGCAGGGGGGUCUGUAAAUACCGGGGGCCGGACUGAGGGCCCUGGGGGGCCGUAUCCGGCCCGUGGGCCGUAGUUUGAGGACCCCUGGCCUAGUGAGACAUUCCAGGGUUUAUGUGAUUCAUUGGGGUGUAACUCUGUUGUACCUAACUCCAAUACAGCUGAGACCUACCAGUUCCCAAGGCCAAAGUCACUGGAAGGAUGGGGCAGGCAUUUAUUCACUGUGGCUGAGGAGAACUCAGCAGGAUGUCAGAGCUCCUAGAAGGAUUUUGCAGUUAUGCUUAUUUUACAAACCCAUGAAUGUAUAUAAACAUCUGGUGUCUUACUCUUAAGACAAGCAGACCUGAAAGGACAGACUACCAAAGGAGGAGAUGGUUAACAUGAAUAAACUUUUAGACAGUGUUUUAAAGCAUUGCUAGCCCUAGAAAGAAAGCUGAGAGCUGUAUGAUGACAGGACAGUGAGAGCCACAUAUUCUAUUUUCUACACACAUUACAUCAGGAAAAGGGUUUUUCCCCUCCUUUCAUUCAUCAUGUGAUGCCUUCUAAUUGGGACCACUGUGGCCUUCUGCAGGGUCUGGUAAGUGAAUGAGGACCCAGGCAGUGCUGGGUCUCCUCUAACUCCUCCCAGAGAGCACCUUGUAAUUGCUAAUGGGCCAUCCUUGCCUCAUCACCAGUGGGAGAUGACAGCAAAGCAGUAGUUAAGUCACGGUGCAGCUUGAUGCUAUCACAUGAAAUUAUCACGACAUUUAAGCUUUCAAAGAUACUUCAAGGACAAAAUGCUUAAAAGUUUUUAUGAUGGCUGGAGGAAAAGUGGGAUGAUGCAAAAAACAAGGGUUCCUUUUGUCACUUGUCACUAAGCUUGCAGAAUGUUAGUUAUACAGAGAUAUUAUAAAAUGGUGCAUAGGCAUAGCGUGUCAACCAUAAUGGAAAAUGUAUGUCAAGGUAAUGCAGUUGAUUUGGUAACGCAUUUGUAGUGAGAAUGAUGUUGCUGUCUGCUAGGAGGGGGGGGGAAGAGAGCAAGACAUUCUGCCCCUCUACCCCUUGCCCUUAACAUAUUCUUUUAAUUUCUGAGACAUACAUUUUUUUUUAACCUAGGAAGAAGAUUGAGUUCAAAUCUCUGUUCUGUGUGCUGCUUUUUAAAUCCCCAGGGAAUCUGUCCUUUUUUGAGUAAAACAGUGAAAUGGAUCAGCACUUCAACUGACAAGUUGUUUCUCUUCCCUUCUUCCUGAAGGGGAGGCAACUCCCUGAAACUCUUGGACUUCUUUGUUUCGGUGAUACCUCGAUGGAGCAGAUAAGAGAUAAGGAGCAUUAGAUGCGGGAGCUGGAGCCGUAUUAGAAGACUGAAGCCUAUGAAGUCUUUAGCAGGAGAGCACAGGACAGACAGAAAGGCAAAUAAUGCAGACAAGGUACUGAAUGGGACAGAUAUAUGGGCCUAGAACAACAGAAGAUUCCCAGCUGGCUGUGCAGACUGACACUCGUUUACAGCCUUUGAUUUAAAGGCUUGUUAAAACAUGAAUGCUCAUCUCAGGGAGCUCAUCUGUGGGCAUGAAACAGAACAUUUUUCUUCCUGCAGAUCCAGGUUUCAAAAAUGUUACAUAUAGCAAUAUACACUAGAAACCUUAAUUUUCAGCAGCAGCGACCAAACCAUUGUUAAUUGUUCUCCAUUGUUCUGUUAUUGCUUGGUAAAGAAAAAGUGUUUUGAAUAAGAAAGUGCUGACGCAGCUAAGUGGCAGAACCAGGCCUUGUCCCUAGCAUAGCCCUAAUCCAAGGCUGGUUUACAACCCAGUCCAGUUAAUCGGUGGGAGAACAGAGAAGCAACAGAUGAUCAGUUUGUGCACACAGGUGCUCUCAGAAACAGGUGUUUUUAGAAAAAUUGGUAUACAUGAAAAGGAAUUGCUUGUUCAAAGACUAAGCACACUUGAAGGAGUGUGUGAGUUAAAGCAGGCAGAAAGAAGAUCACGAUCCAAGGAGGAGCCUGGAACCGAACAGAUCAAUCACCUAGGACAGAGUCAGGUGAUGGAUUUGCAGAACUGACAGGACCAAGGAAACUCCUAAAAACUUCAGACAUUGACUAAUGAUGUGAUAAGCAUAUAUAAGCCGUGCUGUAUCCCUUGGUUCUCUGCCACUUACUGGGGUGGUGGCCCAGCUCCGAGUUGUGACUAAAGCAAGCCCAGCGGUACCCACGUCUGUGUGAAUUUCUUCUUUAACACCAGUCGCUGGGGCUUAUCUGCAGGACCCCACUGUCCACCCCCCGCCUCUGCACCUUGUGCCAUGGGUUCCCCGUGCUGCUGUCUCUCCCUAGGUAAUGGGGUGGGGGCAUGGACAGAAAGAACCACCCGACUGUUAAAGCUGUCAGACGCAAAGGAUUUAACUGUUCGAGCCACGUGGGUGCUUUUCGGUACGGAGGCAACGGGUAAUAGUAGCUGGGCUGCGAGUGGGCCAAGGGCAGAGCGAAGUGAACCCCGCAGCCGCAGCGAGCGGCUCCCGUGGCCGGGCGGUGUGAACUGGGCUGAGGUCCCGGCCCGUGCUCAGCACAGGAUCGGUGGAGCGCUGCUGCCAUCUGACGACCAAAAGCGGGCACUGCAGCCCCGGCGCCGCGCAUGCGCGGUGGCGCCUCCCCACUCGCUGCUGCCGGCCGUUGUUAACGGCACCGCGACCCCGCGCUGCCUGCAGCUGCCGUCCCCCGAGCACGUUGCCAGCGCGCGCUCGGCACGGGAGUAUGGAGCUGCAGCGCCGCUGCAGCCCCGGGACAAACGCAGCCUGCGGGUGCUCGCUGCUGCAACGGCCCCGCCCCUAGCGAGAAGCCCCCCCAACCUGGAGAGCGCAGGGGCGCGGGGCGGCUGCGCCCCUCCACGGUUUCAAUUCCCCCUCGCUCGGCAACGCCACGGUUCCGCCCUUGCGUGGCUCGAACCUGCGCUCCCCGGCGUCGGGCCGCUUCUGCGCAUGCGCGGCUCGGGCCCCCACGCACCGCCGUCAGGCCAGUUCCCCGCAUGCGCGGCCCUGAAGUUGCCAGUAACGCUCCUGCGCAUGCGCCAGGUGACCGGAGUCACACGAAGGGUACAGACCGGCACUCGGGGGUACCCGUGGGUGAAAAAAUGGACACAAGCCAGCAACCUGUGCUCGCAGGGGAGAAAGGUGACCAUAUCCUGGGAUGCAUCCAACGAAGCAAGGGAACCGAUUCUGCCCCUCUGCUCUCAUGAGACCCGCCUGGAGCACUGCAUCUGGCUCCAGAGGCCUUGGCAAAGCAGGUCCAGAGGAGAGCCACAAAAAUGAUCAGAGGGCUGGAGCACCUCUCCUAAGACAGGCUGAGAGAAUUGGGGUUGUUCAGCCCAGAGAAGAGGCUCUGGGGAGACCUUAUUGUGGCCUUUCAGUACUUAAAGGGGGCUUAUAAGAAAGAUGGGGACAGACAUUUUAGUGGGGAAUAGUGUCCUCUAGCAACAGGACAAGGCUUGGUUUUAAACUAAAAGAGGGUAGAUUCAGAUUGGAUAUAGAGAAGAACUUUUUUUUUUUUUUAUGAUUAGUGUGGUUAAACACUGGGAGAGGUUGCCCAGAGAGGUGGCAGACGCCCUGUGCCUGGAAACAUUCAAGGUCAGGUUGGACAGGGCUGUAAGCAACCCGAUUUAGUUGAAGAUGCCCCUGCUUCCUGCAGGAGGGCUGGACUAGGGGGCCUUUAAAGGUCCCUUCCAACACAAACCAUUCUAUGAUUCUAUAAACUACCACUAUUAUUCUGUCCACUGUGUAUUUAUAUAUACUUGAGGAAGUCCUUCACAACUGAAAUUUUACUCUCAAAAGUUCUGAAUUGCUUUAAAAUUCUCAAGAGCUUUUCUCCAAAAUAUCCCUUCCAGAGAUACUGAUAUACAGAUCCUGGACCAAACAUUGUACUUGAGGUUGUUUUACAACAGGGCAGCAAAGUUUUGUAGAAGUGAGGUCGAGAGACUGCCCAGUCAUUCUCCUCCAUGUUCUCCCACACCCAUGUGGCAGCACCUUCAGAAAACACUUUUCUAGUUGCUCCCGAUGGUUUUAAACCUCUCUAACAGAAUUUUACCAAUGUCCUCCCCCCUGAAGCAGUGCUGCUGUUAUCACAGAGAGCAAUGCAAAGAUGUUCAAAGGAAAUGGUCAGAAACACUUGGAAGCUAAAGGUCACGAUAAGCAGGAAAAGAAAAUA